AUGACGAAAGCGAUAUGUUUACUGAUGAUUACGUGGAGCAUGAUAGUGCUAGCUUAUCGUACUGAAUCCCAAUAUAUUUCACGUCGAGGAAAUUACGGUUAUAGUAGAGAUGAUUUGUACAUGCGAAAUUUCGGAGUAAUCAAUUCGGACAGCAGAAGGAUACGGUUUGACAGUCCUCGUGAAUUACCCAAGCGAUAUUUUGAUGCAUUAGUCGGCCAGUCAUUGGGUAAACGAUCAACAGCGAUACUAUAG